AUGGCUAAGGUUGAUAGAAUUGAUCACAGGGUUAAGGAGUACCUUGAAGAUGCAGGUUACGAAAAGUUGUCAAGAGUUCAUGCAAGAGUAAACAGAGGUAGAAUGAUGACUUCAAACAUUGUAGAACGUAUCAAUGGUUGUCUUGUUGAAGCACGCCAAUUAACUAUAUUAGAAUUCUUGGAAGAGGUUAGAAUUCUUUUUGGAUCUUGGCAUUGGAAAAACAGAGAAGUAUCCACAUACACAAAGGACACAUUAGGGAGAAAAUUUGAGGAAUUGUUGAUUAUAAACGCGGCUAAAAGUUCAAAAAUGGAGGUUAUUCCAUCAUCUGAAUUUAUUAUCUCAGUUUAUGAAAAUGGAAGAAGAUAUAUUGUUUGUCUUGAGCGAAAAGUAUGUUCUUGUGGUAGAUUUCAACUAGAUGAGAUACCUAGUUCACAUGCAAUCGCUGUAUUGAAAAAAAAGAAUGUCACAGAUAUGAAUCCGUAUUGCUCUAAUUAUUACAAGCCUGAUGCAUUGACAAAAACAUAUGAAAUUCCAAUGGUACCAAUGCCAGAUAAGGAAGAUUGGUCAGAUCCUAAUAAUGUGGUAGCUGAAACUGUGUAUCCACCUAGAUAUAGAAGAUCAUCUGGACGACCAAGAAAAAAGAAGAAGAAAGAAUGCAGAUGA